GAGUGGCAAGUGAAUAGCCACACAAACCAAACACAUUGAAAGAGAAUACCCACAUGGUCAAAUGACUGUUUUCAAAGAAAACUAUACACCAAAACAAAAAACUGUUUUCUCCGAUCUCUGAGGUAUUAGAAAAUCAUCUCCUCCUCUGCCUCUGCUACUCUCUCUCACACACAAACGCACUCUCUCUCUCUCCCCCCAUUUAGAUGAAACAGCAAGACCCAUGAAGGGAUAUCACUUGUUUUGUGCGGAUGAGCCAUGAAGAUACCUAGAGAUGGCGCCUGUUCCUUCAUUAAUACCAACUGUCAAAACAGCAAGGGCCAGAACAAGAGGAGUCUCGUUGAGCUUUCUUUGUCUUUGAUCUUAUCACUUUGGUGUCUUGUCUUCUUGUUCUACUCUAAGCUUGGCUACAGCCAUGAAAGUCAAGCAGAUGGAAGCAAUAAUCAUGCAGAGGGAAUGCUGCUUGAGCUUAAUAAGUCAGCUACUCAUGACGGUUCCAGUGUUCCUCACAACCUUGCCAACUACAGUUACUCACUUCCGGAGAAAAAUAGAAUAGAAGAAGUAUUUUUGAAUGUUUUAGGCUAUACGACAUUAGUAUGUGAAGUACAAAAGCAAGGAGAGCAAGGGAUAAAUAAGUCGAAAGAACAACCGGAUGGGAGACUUCAGCAUUCCUCUUAUCUCAACCUUGAUGAGUUCCGAAACAUCUCAAGGCAAGAAAAAGGCUCGGGAGUGGCUAGUCAGCUUGUUAACAUCACCCACCGGCUAGAAUCUGAUGGAACUGAAUAUAACUAUGCCUCUGCAUUAAAGGGUGCUAAGGUGGUUGCUCAUAACAAGGAGGCAAAAGGAGCUAGUAACAUACUGGGCAAAGAUCAUGAUAGGUACUUAAGAAACCCUUGUUCUGUUGGAGGGAAGUUUGUUGUGAUUGAGCUUGCAGAAGAGACUCUUGUUGAUGCUGUCAAAAUUGCUAACUUUGAACAUUAUUCUUCUAAUUUCAAGGAUUUUGAAUUGUCUGGUAGUUUGAGUUAUCCAACUGAAGCCUGGUCUUCAUUGGGGAAGUUUGUUGCGUCUAAUGUCAAGCAUGUACAAAACUUUAAGCUGCCUGAACCGAAAUGGGUGAGGUACUUAAGGUUAGAUUUAUUAAGUCAUUAUGGAUCUGAAUUUUAUUGCACAUUAAGUGUUGUUGAGGUGUAUGGAGUGGAUGCAAUUGAGAGAAUGCUUGAAGAUCUCUUUGUAGCUGCUGAAGUGCCUCCUUCUAAAAUAUUGCCAAAGCUUAACCUAACUGAAACGCCUUCUGUGAAAGUUGAAGCGGGUCAAGCUGAAAGGAAAAGUAGUGGUGGAGUGCAAAAUGGGGUUGAAACUGCUGGAUCAGGAAUAGAAAUCAUUGAAAAUGCUCAAAAGCUCAAAGUAGAUGAGAAUGACACUAGAAAGCCUUUGGCGACAAGAAAGACUCCUGAUCCUGCAACAGAAGCAAGACAGCAACCAAUUGGCAGAAUGCCAGGCGACUCUGCGUUGAAGAUCUUGAUGCAGAAAGUGAAAUUACUCGAGAUUAAUUUGUCUGUGUUGGAAGAGUAUAUCAGGGAAUUGACUCGAAGACAGGGAGAUGUUUUUCCUGAACUUGAUAAAGAGCUGUCCAGGAUUUCAUUGCUUUUGGAGAAAAGUAAAGCAAGAAUUGAAGAUAUCGGGGAAUGGAAGAAGACUACGGAUAAAGGGUUCAAAGAACUUGAGUUGUGGAAAGCUGUUGUCUCAUCUCGUGUCGAUGCAUUGGUCAAAGAAAAUAGCAUGCUGAGAUUAGACGUUGAAAAAGUUGCAAAUGAUCAGGCAAAUCUGGAAAGGAAAGAGCUUGCUGUGCUAGCAGUGAGUCUUUUCUUUGCAUGCUUUGCGAUUCUGAAGAUAGUCUCCUCGCGAUUUUUAAAGCUCGUAGGAGGCUUCCAAUCUGAUAAGGUAUGCCGGACAAGCGGAGGUUGGGUUAUGAUACUUAUUAGCAGCACUAUGACUAUACUCAUUACCUUGCUCUCAAGCUAGUCCCUCAACGUUUUUCGUAGCCCAGAAGAUCAAUCAUAGAUUCAUAGUCUUAAACCGCUCUGUAGUCAAAUACGAAUCCUGUGCCUAGAAAAAUUUUGGUUUUUCUUUACAGUGAUGAACAUUGGUGCUGAAUCUUAGCUAAAUGUAUAUGUUGAUUACAGCCAGCACAUUGCUCAAUGGAUGAUCUUAAAAAUUUAGGUCAUUUUUCUUG